AUGAUCUCGAUCAAAGGUGACGGAAUCAAAUCUGUGGCGGUGACCCGGACCGCUCUGUCCGACUUGGCCCCUCUUGCUUCAUUUCGCCCGCACGUCUUGUUUCCCACCACCAUCAUCCCUACACCCACAAUUUCUUGGUGGAUCCUCAUUCUGCGAAAGUGCACAGGUGCUUCGGCGUUGGAUAUGGGUCGCUGGACGCAAUAUGACGAGGACGACUACCGCCUUCCUGAGGGAAUGAAGCGCAUCGGAUACGAUGCUGACACCGGGCGGUACUAUUUCCGCGAUGCGGACGGGAGCGUGUGGCAGGGAGCAGAAGGAGUGGAGUUCGGAGAGAUGACAAGGGUGAAUGGUCUGCCUCCUUCACUGGUGGCGAACAGCGACGAUGACAGAGAUGAUGUUGAGGCGUCGCCUCGGACACGAAAUGGCGGGUAUCAGCUUGUCUCCGAAGACGAGAACCAACCGAUGGCCCACCACUCCCGAAUCAAUCCCACCUCCUACCGCACUCUCUUCCCCUUCUUCCUCAUCAUCGCCGUCGUUCUCCUCCUCAUCUGGAGGCUCGUUGUCUCUCCAGGUCUCGCUGGCGCCCCAGCGACCAAACGGUGCCCGGAAGGUACCUCGUCGCACUGGGUUCAGCCCGGCGAUAGCUGUUGGGAGCUCUCCCGGCAGCGCGGCUGGACCCUGGAGAAGCUCAAAGCGGCGAACCCCAAGGUCGUUUGUGAACCACUCAUGCCUGGGACGUCGUUGUGCUUGCCGCCGGAGAAACGAAUUGGCCAGAGGAAGAUGGCGAGAAGGCCGUGA